GCCCUUCACCGUGAACCAGAUCCCUCAGAACCAACUGGGAACUCGGUCAUCUCUUUCUUUCAUCUUUUUGCUUCUUUGUAUCAUGUUCCGUGGCCAUUGUUGCUCUCUCUGCCACGAUCCUGAGUCCUCAGAACCGACACUUGAUCUUCUCUCACCCCCAGCAACACGCGUGGUACAGCCCAGCGGAGCCCGCUCCAGCACAGGUUAUAAAGGCUCGGCUGCGGCAGCCCACUGCGGAGUCAAGAUGCGCCCGAAGGAACAGGUGCAAAGCGGGGUCGGGGACGGGCCGGGGACGGGGGACCCAGAAGCAGGCACCCCCGCGACCCAGCCUGCGGCCAGUCCGGCCCCAGAGCCCUCGGCGGAGCCCAAACCUGCUCCGGCGCAGGGAACCGGGUCCAGACAGCGAGCUCCAGGAUCCCGAGUCAAGUCAGGAAGCUUUUGUCGAUCCAUGAUCGUCGGCAAUUCGGACGCACCAUGGACCCGCUACGUAUUCCAGGGGCCUUAUGGUCCCCGGGCCACUGGCCUGGGCUCUGGAAAGGCCGAGGGGAUCUGGAAGACACCAGCCGCGUACAUCGGCAGGAGGCCCGGCGUGUCCGGCCCUGAGCGCGCGGCGUUUAUUCGAGAGCUGCAGGAAGCACUGUGUCCUAACCCACCUCCCACGAAGAAGAUCACCGAAGAUGAUAUCAAAGUGAUGCUGUAUUUGCUGGAAGAGAAAGAACGGGACCUGAACACAGCCGCUCGCAUCGGCCAGUCCCUGGUGAAACAGAACAGUGUUUUGAUGGAGGAGAAUAACAAGCUGGAAACCAUGCUGGGCUCAGCCAGGGAGGAGAUCUUACAACUCCGGAAGCAGGUGAACCUGCGAGAUGACCUCCUUCAGCUCUACUCGGACUCCGAUGAUGAGGAGGAGGAGGACGAGGAGGAGGAAGAGGAGGACGAGGAGGAGGAGGAAGAGGGAGAGGGAGAAGGGGAGGAGCAUGAAGGACAGCAGGGUCAAGAUCAGCAGCACGAUCAUCCUUACGGUGCCCCCAAGCCGCCCCCUAAGGUGGAGACACAGCACUGCUGCCCACAGCUGGAAGCCCUGCAGCAGAAGCUGAGGCUCUUGGAGGAAGAGAAUGACCACCUUCGAGAGGAGGCCUCUCACCUUGACAACCUGGAGGACGAGGAGCAGAUGCUCAUUCUGGAAUGCGUGGAGCAGUUCUCUGAAGCCAGCCAGCAGAUGGCAGAGCUGUCGGAGGUGCUGGUGCUGAGGCUGGAGAGCUAUGAGCGGCAGCAGAAGGAGAUCACCCAGCUGCAGGCCGAGAUCGCCAAGCUACAACAGCGGUGUCAGUCGUAUGGAGCCCAGAAUGAGAAACUGCAGCAGCAGCUGGCUUCGGAGAAAGGAGUCCACUCAGAGCAGAGCCUUUGGGAGGGCUCCUACAUGCAAGAUUAUGGGAGCAGGCUUCGUGAGCGCCACGAGGGUGGGAAGAGCCAGCGCCAUCGCUCCUCGAUGCCUGCGGGUUCUGUCACCCACUACGGAUACAGCGUGCCUCUGGAUGCCCUUCCGAGUUUCCCAGAGACGCUGGCUGAGGAGCUCCGAACGUCCCUAAGGAAGAUCAUCACUGACCCCGCGUAUUUCAUGGAGAGAUGUGACAUCCACCGCAAGGAGGAGCGAGGACAGGAGCAGGGGGUGGUGCCACCCCCCCCACCGCAGCAAGACCUCAAGCCACCUGAAGAUUUCGAAACUCCAGAGGAGCUGGUGCCUGAGGAGGAGCUGGGGGCCAUAGAAGAGGUGGGGACCGCUGAGGAAGGGCUGGCUGAAGAGGUGGAGCAGGCGUCUGAGGAGACCGAGGCCUGGGAGGAGGUGGAACCAGAGCUGGAUGAAGCCACAAGGAUGAAUGUGGUGGCCUCUGCCCUGGAGGCCAGUGGCCUGGGCCCUUCCCGCCUGGACAUGAAGUAUGUCCUCCAGCAGCUGUCCAACUGGCAGGAUGCCCAUUCUAAGCGGCAGCAGAAGCAGAAGGCGGUCCCUAAAGGUGAGUGCUCCCGCGGAGAACACCCUCCUGCCAGUGGGACCAGCUUCCGGCCAUCAACCUUGUGAGAGGUGAGGGUACGUGAGCCCCCCAAUGCUCACUUACCUCAGCUUAGUCCCGCUCGGUGUGCUGAUUUGCAUGGACUUUGCAUACUAUUCACGUGGGCCCCUCCAGUCCCCCUCAGCGCUCAUUUAGGCAGAAUUUGCUUACAGUCAGCUGUCCAUCCACCUUCUUUCUGGGGGCUGCACUGGGGAUCAGGCUUGGACUACACGCCCCCUUCGUACCUCAGCUUCCUGUCUCUGCCCACCCUUCCCUCAUCCUUCAUCCCUAAUAUGAUGCCUCAGCCUUGCAGCAAACAAUGGGGGUGGGCAUCUUGGAGCAACAUCCCAGGGUGCUGCUCCAGGACUCUCUGGCUGGAGGAAGACAGGGCCACUCACUCUCCCAGUGCCAGGGAGGAAGAGGGACCUUCUGGUGCCACCUGAAACUGGGAGAGAGGCCUCUCUACCAGCAAGGGCCACAGUCGGACCAGUGGGUCCCCUGCCCCGUCCCCGCCCCCUGUGAGUGGGGGACUCCUGCAGGGUGGUAGAGUGGGUCAGGGGUUCCUUUGCUUAUCUAGAAACCCUGGACUUUGGGAGUUACGUGCUCUGAGGAGAGGCCGGUUAGGCCCUGCCUAUGAGGAGCUGUCAGCAAGUUCAGAUGCUUUGGCCCUGGAGCUUUUCCUUGGGAUGGUUCCUUCCAUCCUCACACCCCUGUGGGUAGGCACAUAUGAUCGUGCACCGUUUAUUAGAAGAGGAACCUGAAGUUCAGAGAGCUGAGCUGACUUGUCCAAGGUCACACACCCAGGAGCAGAUGUGAGCCUGUGCCUGUGUAUGAGUAGUGAAACCCUAGUCUGAUCUCACGGCUGCGCACAGCUCCUGCGCUCCACCUGAAGUUUGUGACUUGUUAGCGGCCUCCUUUCAUGUCUGGCCGCUGUCACUCUGAUUUUUUUUUUUUUUUUUGGCACCAGUGGGUGGAAUAUCACUGGCUGCAGCACAGUAAGUGUGUGCAGGUUGUAAAUGGAGUCAGCACUUCUGCGGCUGCCAAAGGGAGACCAGCGGUGGUAUUCGGUCUCCUGACACGGCCCACUGGGUCUGAGGUGGGUCAGGCUCCUGGCUCACAUCCACCCGCUUCUCACCCAGGCUUUGCUGUUUCCCAGCAGCCUGCAGUGCCCCACAGACAGCUUGAGACCCCUCCUGCUGCUGCCUGGCAAGUGCUACCCUUCCUAUCCUUCACGCCUGUCAGCAGGCCUUUCUCCGUCCUGACAGACCUAGGCCCAAGCUUCCACCCUCCUCUAGGACAGUCUGAAAGAACCCCAGUUCCUCAUUCUGAAACUGGUGCCAAAGCUGUGGCUACUGCCCCCCCCCCCCGGGGGGCAGAAGCAACCUGUGGGCAGACUGGCUGGCUACCAGACCCAGCUCUGAGAUGAGUUGUGAGUGGUCAGGGUGGGGGCCCGGGUCCCUAGGGUUGGCGGUUAUUGGGGGGACUCUCUCUACCCCCUGAACCACUCACAUAAAGGGACCUCCCCGGGUCUGGUUGACUUUUGGAACCUGGCUCUUUUUGCUGUCCUUCGUCCUUCUCCUGUUUCUAUUACCGUGUGUAACGUGACGUGUGUCGGAGCAGGGGGGGGGGGCCUCCGCCCAGUGGCGUGUCAGUCUCCUGUGGCCUGUGAGUUUCCCUCCAGAGCUCUGCCCUUCCCACAUCUUUGCUCACACAUAGCUGUGGCCUCGGUGCCUGCCCUGCUGCAGUGCUUCGUAGUCUUGUAGUUGUCAGCCUUUGUACUGAUGUCUGUGCCAAUGUGGAAAUAAAGAACUUGUGAGCUACCUGA